AUGAGCGCCCAAAAGAAGGGCGGAUGGGGCUUCUCCAACCUCGUCGCGAAUCUGGAAUCUCGUCUCGACACCAUCCUCGCCGACGACAGUGAAGCUUCGGCCAAAGAGCGCGCAGCACUCGAAGCGGCCAAAGCGAAUCGACAGCGAUCCAACUCGGGCAGGCUAGCCACCCCUUCGAAUACCUCGGACGCUGGCUCCAGAGAGACAUCGAGAACACGAGUGAAUGAUCGACUUGCGGAACGAUUGGCGCGCGCUACAGCUCAGAAGACUCCGUCUAGAGUAUCAACGCCGGUGGACGAUGCGAUCAGGUCCAGCGGCGAGAGCCAGCGCUCUGGAGAGCUGCCCAGAACAGUACCCGACAUAGAAAUACAGAAACAUGCGACGGAAGAAGUGGCAGAGAGAGUUGACAAAGAUGCGGAGGCCAAUGGUGAAGAUGCAGACAAACCGUCUUCUAGUGAGCCGGGCUCCCUCACAACAUCAGCGCUACCUAUAAAUCCGGCGCGGAUAUCAAUCGACAGCUCGCGGCCCUCAGCAGAUGUCAUCCGUGAAGAAAGCUCUGGUAGACCUUCCAUUGAAACACCAAACGGUACCAAUCAGACCACCAGAAGCUCGACUGAGCUGCAGGCCGAAACGGACCAGAUGCAAUCGGAUCACGCCAAGGCCGAGAUCCAGCGACAAGAUGAAAUGCAUGCCUACUUGGAACGGAUCGAUGCCCUGCAGGCUAAACUCACGUAUCUGGCAAGGGAGACAGUUGCGGCGGCGAAAGAGGCAAAUGCAUCUGCAGCGGCUGGCAGUCCCGAGGAGCAGCUUGCCAAAAGAGAUGAGAAGAUUGCCCUGUUGAUGGAGGAAGGAGAGAAGCUCAGUAAGAACGAAAUGCAUCACCUGCAGACUAUCAAAAAGCUACGCGCAAAAGCAACGGAAGACGAGAGGUCCACAGCCGACUUGAAGAAGAAGCUGGAGCGUGCAGAAAGAUCGGAAGCUGAUCUGAAAAUCAAGUUGAGGAAGGCCGAGGUUGCCGAACGGCAAGCAAAUGAAAAGACCAAGCAGAUUGCUGUGAUCGAGAAGCAGGUUGAUGAAUUAAAGGUGGAUCGGAAAAAUGCUGCAGAACUGGUGCGCAGCCUCACGACACAGCUAAAAGAGGCGAAGGAGAAGGCUGAAAAGGCCGACCGCGAAGCUUCCGCGGCCGACAUGGGCAAGAUAGCGGACCUUCAAAACGAACUUGAAGACGCGCAGAUUGAGAAGAAGCUCGCAGAAGAUAGAGCUGCUGCCGAGGCCAAAAGAGCGAAAGACGAAGCUCAGCGGCAGCUAGAACGAUUCGCUGUGCGUGAACUUGAAUCGAAAAAUGAGAUCUCUGGCCUGGAAUCUCGACUAGAAGCGAUGAGGGCUCGUGCUGAGGAGGCCAGUUCAGGUCCUGGUGGGGAAGGUGAGAGCAGCGUGAAACUCAUGAGGCAGGUAGAAACUCUCCAGCAACAAUACGCACUCGCGAAGGGGAACUGGGAGACCAUUGAAGGCUCGUUGAAUGCAAGAGUCGCCGCGUUGGAGAAGGAAAGGGAUGAGAUCAGUAAGCGAGAGAGUGACAUUCGCAAGAAGGCGCGAGACGUGGGCACGAAGUCACGAAAAGCUGAAGAGGAACUGGAGAGUUCGACAGACAAGAUCAAGCAGCUCGAGCAGGACUUGAGGAGCCAACAGGAACAGCUCCAACUUCUUCGAGCAAACCUUGAUCAGGCAUCCGCCUCUCAAUCCGAUGCAAAGGCAGAGUUCGAGAAUCAGCGCAAGCUGUGGGAUGCCGAAUUCGCUCAACGGCUGGAAGAGGAGAAAAUCAAAUGGCGUCGGGAGACUUUGGGCUCAAGCGCCAACCGAACUGGGUCUCCUCGCACAGAGUCAAACGCGACAUUUGCCAGGAAAGCGUCCGCAACAGAUAUGUCUCACCGCAACAAGCCUCUGACACGCCUGGGCUCCUAUGAUUUGGCAACAUUACACAUUGAUCCACGGUCGGUAAGCCGACGGAGCUCCGUGAUGCCAACGCCUACAUCUUCUCGCGCCCUCGCAACCCCUACCGAAGCCUCACUUUCCAUCAGCAGACGGGAGUCCACGUUUUCCUUUGAUGCGCCGAACCAUCCACUCACUCCUGCAAUCGAAGUUGAUACCACCCGGCCCAGUGAAGCCGGCGACUUUGAAGACUUCAACUCCCCUCAACGCACGAUUGCUGACCUCGUCAGCACUUCUACUGCAGGUCCUGGCGCGGGACCCUCAGUCCAACUGGUCGAGAGAAUGUCUUCACUCGUGCGGAAGCUCGAAUCUGAAAAGGCCUCGUUUAAGGAUGAGCUCGUUCGCUUGAGUGCACAGCGAGAUGAUGCCCGGAACCAAGUUGUAGAACUGAUGCGCGAGAUGGAAUCCAAACGGCAAUCGGAAAGCAAGACUGAAGAGUUGGAGAAGGAGAUCGCGGAGCUCAAGGGACGGUACGAAGCUAGUCUGGAAAUGCUUGGCGAGAGGGAGGAGGAGGUCGAGGAAUUGAGGAGUGAUGUGGGUGAGUUGAAGAGAAUUUAUCGGGAAUUGGUUGAGACGAAGGUCGGUGGUGGUGAUGUCCGAAGGGUAGGGACGGGAGAUGAGCGUUCAUGA